CCUCUUAGCUAGCUCAUUUUCCAUAUAUGCUUAUAAAAUACGCUUUCAAAUUAAAAUUUGUUGGCCUAUCAGAUCGAUAUUGGAUGAUAGUAAUUAAAUUCGACGUAUAUGGUUCAACGCCACAUUUUUAAACCCGUCGUCCCUCUUAUUUUUAUUUAUUUAUUUUUUUGAAUAUUUGAUGUCUAUACAGGCGCAUACUUUAUACGUCAUUGCCAAAGACCUUCCCUGUCCCUCGUGUCAUAACAUGGUCGUCUUUGAAGUGAGGAAACGGGCAAUGACACCGACCCAGAGCCAGCUGAAUUAGACGUGUGAUUCGAGGACUUCUUCGGUGAAGCCAUGCCUCGCUACGAACUGGCCCUGAUCUUGAAGGCGAUGCAGCGGCCGGAGACUGCGGCUGCUCUCCGGCGGACGGUGGAGAGUUUGAUGGAGCGGGGCGCGGUGGUGAGGGACCUGGAGAACUUGGGAGAGAGACUGCUGCCCUACAAGAUAACCAAACACAACGAGAGGCACAGCCGGGGGGCUUACUUUCUGGUCGACUUCUACGCAGCCCCCGGCAUCCUCCCAGGCUUACUGAAUCACCUGCACCGAGAUGUGGACGUGGUGAGGCCCACUGUGCUGAAGAAGGACGCCCAGGUUCCCAGCAGUAACUGCUGUGGCUCCCAGCAAUGACUGAAUGUUUUCACAGCUCAUUUCCAGAAGAUGUACAGUGUGAUGCUUCCGUCUUUGACCUUUCCCAUAGUUGUUGGCUUGCAUUUGGAUGUCACGUCAUAAUAAAUAAUUUUUUUUCUA